GCGUUGCCUAACUGCAACCCACGCAUCUCAACUAUGGUGAAUUAUGGUGAAAUCUGAGAGACAUGGGAAGAGCCGGCAGCUCAAAACCAGUUGGUCGUGAUGAGAUGACACAUCCGCUGGAUAGAAUAGAGAAAUAAAGGAAGAAAGACAAAUAUGAAGGAAUGGACUCACGCGCUCAAGACACCUUUUAAGAGGAGACAAACUGGAUAGAAAUACAUGCGUCUCCGCACCAAGAGAAUCAGGCUCCUCACUGGCAGAUCUGCCUGCACCUGAAUCCACAACUGUGUGGAGUCUUUAUCACCUUGUGGCCUGACGUGGCCCCACCCUGUCUGAAAGCUGCAGGUCCCAUCUCCUUCCAGCAUGACGGUUGCUACCAGCGACCCCACAGAUGAAGCAGCAGCACAUCCGUGUCAGCCUCAUGACCAGUAUGACCCAGAGCCUGAUCAUGAGUGCUGUGAGAGGGUCGUCAUCAACAUCUCAGGGUUGCGCUUUGAGACGCAGCUCAAGACCCUCUCCCAGUUUCCAGAGACGCUGCUGGGUGAUCCUAAGAAAAGGAUGCGAUAUUUUGAUCCUCUCCGGAAUGAAUAUUUUUUUGACCGGAAUCGACCAAGCUUUGAUGCUAUUCUAUAUUAUUACCAGUCAGGAGGGAGGCUGCGCCGGCCUGUUAAUGUGACCUUGGACAUUUUUUCUGAGGAGAUCCGGUUUUACGAAUUAGGUGAGGAGGCAAUGGAAAUAUUCAGGGAGGAUGAAGGGUUUAUAAAGGAAGAGGAGCGGCCUCUGCCAGAAAAUGAAUUUCAGAGACAAGUGUGGCUGCUGUUUGAAUAUCCAGAGAGCUCAGGUCCUGCUCGCAUCAUUGCCAUCAUCUCUGUCAUGGUGAUUCUUAUCUCUAUCGUCAGCUUCUGUCUGGAGACACUGCCAGAUUUCCGAAAUGAAGAUGAGGAGAUUUACAGUCCUCAAUUCCAGUCCUUCUCCAAUGCCACCUUUACCUCUUACAGUUCAACAUAUUUUACAGAUCCUUUCUUUAUUUUGGAGACCCUCUGCAUCAUCUGGUUCUCUUUUGAGUUCCUAGUAAGGUUCUUUGCCUGUCCCAGUAAAGCUGGAUUUUUUGGCAACAUCAUGAACAUCAUUGAUAUUGUGGCAAUCAUCCCCUACUUCAUCACAUUGGGCACAGAGCUAGCAGAGAGGCCAGAGGACAGCCAGGCGGGCCAGCAGGCUAUGUCUUUAGCUAUUCUUAGAGUCAUUCGUCUAGUCAGGGUGUUUCGUAUCUUCAAACUCUCACGUCAUUCCAAGGGGCUCCAGAUUUUGGGACAGACUCUAAAGGCCAGUAUGCGUGAGCUGGGCCUCCUCAUCUUCUUUCUGUUUAUUGGUGUGAUUCUCUUCUCCAGUGCUGUUUACUUCGCAGAAGCGGAUGAGAAACAGACUCAGUUCAGGAGCAUCCCUGAGGCCUUCUGGUGGGCUGUUGUUUCCAUGACCACUGUAGGCUAUGGAGACAUGUACCCAACAACCAUUGGAGGAAAGAUUGUGGGCUCUCUCUGUGCAAUUGCCGGUGUGCUGACUAUUGCCCUGCCUGUACCAGUCAUCGUUUCAAACUUCAACUAUUUCUACCACAGAGAGACAGAGGGAGAGGAACAGGCACAGUAUCUGAAUAUCCCAAGUGUGCCUAAAGCCAGCUCAGCUGACGAUCUGAAGAAAAGUGGUCGAAGUGGCAGUGGAUCAACUCUCAGUAAAUCUGACUAUGUGGAGAUCCAGGAGGCUGUGAACCACAGUACUGAGGACUUCAGGCCAGAGGGCAUGAAAACAAGAAAUUGCACCCUGGCCAACACUAACUACGUAAAUAUUACUAAGAUGCGCACAGAUGUAUAAUGUGAGUUACUGUAGAUGGUUAAUUUCAUCUGGGCUUUCCCAGGAUUAUAAGUGGAGAAUGAAGGCAUAACUCUCGAUAUUGAUCAAGCUAUCGCGCCAAGUAUGGGAGUCCAGAGCAGAUGAGAGAUUAACUUGGAGAAAAGGUCAGUAGAGAGGACCUCAUAUUCUCCCACAUCCUUUGGACCUAUAAGCACAUAUCAUAGAACUGCCAUUUGUCUUAUUUAUGAUGUUGUCAGUAUCUGCAUGGAGUUAGUCUUACUUAUUUGACAGUAGUCAUCCUGCUCGCAACAGUAGCCAAAUAGUAGCCUAACCAGUAAUAAUCAGUAUUAACAGUGUAAAGGGACCAUAAAUUUCUACCUUUUUUGCUCAAGCUUCUGUCAAGAGAAGAUGCAUGAUAACAAUAAUCUAGAUAACAUAUUAACUUGUGGUUAAAGGUAGGCCAUACUAUCAGCAUUUGUGAGCAACUUUCAUCUGCUGCUCUAACUGCCAAGGUCCUGACUCAGAGAAAAACAAAAUCACCUAUAUCAGGGCUGUUUCAUCAGGGGAAAACAGAGAAAAGGAGAGAUGCUAAUAUGCCUUUGGCCAAUUAGUCAUCUUUUGCUUUCUCUGUGAAAGAAAAAGCCUGACUGCACUAGCAUUCCUCUCUUGGCCCUCACUGGAUGUUGUCUAAUACAAGCUACUGUAAAUCUGUGUAAAUCUGGACCACAAGAGUAGACGACCUUCUUUAUCCUGCCAUUUUUCUUCUGUCCUUCAAGUGGAUUUACACUCGCCAAGACCCUGCCUUUCUCCAACCAUUGCAGGCAAGCAGGUGGAGCAAAGAAAUAUAUAUUUGAACAGAGUGGAUGUCUUUAUUGAUACAUGUUCAUUUGAUUUGUUGUUUUGCUUUUAGGUAAUCUGAUGAAUGUAUGCUUUUCACCUACAUUUUGUGGUUAAAAACCUAAUGUAGAAAGACAGAUUAUCAAUAUUUUUUCUGUAGUGUUCUGAGUGAGUGCCUUUCUCUCCAUCCUCUUAGGCUAACUAAACCUUUAAAUGUCAGUUUAGCUGCCACUCCGGUCCACUGUAACAGAUGUAUAGUGAGUACUAUUUAGUUUGACACCACUGCCUAGCAUAAAUGUUGCUGUUCUUAACUUCAUAUCAUUCCAUGUUAGUAGAAAUAUAUCAAAUGAAUUUAAGAGCAAACUAGGAUGAUGUGUCUCUUUGUUGCUUCUGUGAGAAGCUAAUCUCAGUGUGAUGUAAGGUUCAUGAUAGAAAAGUUAACUAGUUUUAUGCAAAAUCCAUUGAGACUUUUAGGGUAUUAAACCAAAAUGUUUAAAAUUAUACAUUUCUAAAUGGGGGCAGCCAAACAUAAAACUCUGUAAUCAACUAAAAUUAAUCUACAGCAUGAGAACUUUUAAGGCCCGUUUGUUGUCGGACCAGCAAUGCCAGUAUAAUUCAGUCUUGCUGGUUAAGAGGCAAGAAGCAAUGACAUAAUUUAUGAUAUCCAUAAGCUAGCUAGCUCAAUUAUCUGGUCACCAAAGACAAAAUACAUACUGUACAAUGGGUUGUAAAAUAACUUUUUUUACCCAUUUAUUUUAAACAGUCAUUCCAUUGCUGACUUUUGCCCACAUCAAGCAGGACCUAGGAUGUGUGUCCUUCAUAAGCUUUCUAAUCAAACAGAUGCUGUUAUAGCAUUGCAUGUCCACUGAAGUAUUUAUUGUAGCAUGCAUUAGUAUGAAUAAUACAUACUUAAAAGGUACAUUUGCUUAACUAUAUCCCUAUAACUCUAGAGAUACAAGCAUUAUGUACAAUGGAUAAAAUAUGUCUUGGGUUAGAAGUAUGUGUCAUGCUUUGCAUAUGCAUUUUCCUUCCCUUUGAAUUUAAAAUUUUGUUGGGUUGCAAUCCAUGUGACGUAUUAACCCAGAGAGGGUCGUGUGUCUAUGAGAAGAUUUCAAUUAUAAUGUAAGGAGGAUUGAGAAAGUAACAGUACAUGAAACAUGAGAGGAAACACAAAACAUAUUAGAGUUUUACAAAAAACAGUAAAUUGGAAUGUGAAUUCAAAGCCACACUGACUCCAGAACAGGGAUUGCUAAACCCAGGUUUCCCAGUCCAGAGUUAACUAAUGUCCCACAGCCUCAGCUUUACUGCCUUUAAAAUCUGUUGCAGUUACAACCCAGUAACUGUCUCAUGGUGACAGCACAACAGCAGCUACUCUCCGCUGCCAACCCUCAGAGAUUCAUACAAUUGACCAGUCACACUUUAUGCUCAGCAAAGUGCAUCAUACUGCUCUAAAGGACUGUCUAAGUACCCAGAUAUAUACUGUAGGUCCACGAAGCAGAGUGUGUAGUGUAUAGUGUUGCCUGUGCAUGUGUGUGGGUGAAAGAGAACGAGAAAGAGAAAUUGUGAGGAAAAAAGAGAGUAUUUAGAUACACACAAACACACUAAUGUGCAGCUAAUCCUGUAGAAACAACAUGAAAGCAUUUAUUUAUAACACUGCUCUUCUUCACUCCAGGCCAGAACAACUAUGGUGCUUAGUAUAUUCUCUUCCAUCUUAGCAGACAGUUGUAUAUUCAAGACAUACAUAUAGAAUAUUAAACUCAGAAAACUGAAAGGAAAGUCCUACCACACUCACUAGAGAGGAGAGCACGUGUUGACUUAUGAGGUAAGCUGCAGUAUCAGGUAGAGCUGGGAACUGAAGAGAGGAAAUAGAAGGAAAGAGAGGGAAAGAAUGGGGAGAAAAAUAUGAUAAUGAAAGUAAUAUAAACACUGUCUACACCUUUCUUUGCUUUUUACUCUGAUGUGUGUUUGUAUUUUUCUACACCGCUUUUGUGUACUGGAAUCCCUAUAUGAAUUUAUAUGCUUGAAGGCUCUCUCUUUUCCUCUCAUGUUAUAAAGCCCACAGUUGAAGUGACAUUGUCUGUCAAGACAGAAACACUGUCCUGGGGGAGACCAACAGGAUCUGAACCAAGGAAAACACUAUCAUUGCUGUACUUCACAAAACAAACCACAGGACACUUAAAACACAAUGGACAUUUCAUAGCUUUCAGCCAGUGUACACAAAUGUGUACACACACUGCCUGUGAACAGUUACCUUUUUGCUGAUGUCUGUUGUGAGAACAAACACGGAACUGUGGUUUUGUUAAACUUCAAUGCCACACAUUGAAUGGAAUUAAACCCACUGUAGGUGGUGAACGCACGUAGCCAUGUAAACAAUAUAUCUAACAGUAACAGCUGCUUAUAAUGAUGUCUUAAAAUGCCUAAAGCUUCAGCUUAUGAAACAAGCUUCUGCCAUGUACAGAUUCCUGUGUAGCAGGGAAUCGUGUCUAUACUUGCUGAACUACUCCAAGAAACUAAAGUUGUACAAUAGAUUCAUUAUCUCUUAGGUUUAGUAAACUCCCGGGACCAAGUAAAGGAUGG